AUGGUUGAAACCGUCAUCAGAAAGAAAGAAGAUUCCUUGGACGAGGCGACGGUGUCUAUUCCUGUGCUACUGCCUCAUCUGAUUCUGACUUACAUUUUCAAUACAGUGGGUGUGCAUAUCCAACCUCAUGUUCUGAAGCGCUACUGGGCCCACUGCAAAAAAGUCUAUGCUUGGGCUGCCCCAGAUGACUUUGAUGGAUCGCACAUGCCUUUGAGUAUUUACGGGGACUCUGCGAGGUACGGGCAAGGGUACGACCAGAGCAAGGUGACGGGGUGUUGGAUGAGCUUAGUGCUGUGGAGACCCAAGAGCACAAGAAUGAGCCAAUGGCUGUUGUGGACUUUGAAAGCUGAUUUGAGCCUGGGACCCAAAUCCCACAAUCCGCUUUAUCUUGCUGUGGUUCAAUCAUUGAAGUAUGCUUUCAAUGGUAUUUCCCCGGAAGGGAAGCAAUUGCCACACAAGUUCGUCGUCACGGAAGUAAAGGGUGAUUGGGAGUAUAUGCAACAAACCUUCAGUUUGACCCGCUGGUGGAAAUGUCGGUUUAUUUGCUGGCGAUGCUUGGCAGAGAACCACGAAAACGCAGAGCAUUCAUAUUUGGAUGUAUCCGACGAACCUUCCUGGUCAACAACUGAGUUGUCGCAUAAUGAUUUUAUCCUGGAUGUUGUCGGCAAUGAAUGGGUAUGCCCGCUCAUUGGCCUGCCGAUGUUCCACAUGACGAUGCUGUGCCACUGCUCCCUUCACAAUGUGAACUUGGGCAUUUGCCAGGAUGCUACGGGUUCCACGCUGAUGUAUUUGAUCGAGAACGGUUAUUUCGGAUGCCACGAGACUACGACCCUUCACAAGCUGCUCGUGGUGGCAUUCAAAGAUUUCAAAAGCUUUCAGCGGUCUACUGGUAUUCGCUGCUCUCAAACGAAAUUCGUAUGGAAGGAAAAGAAGGGGGCUAUCAUGGCCCAUAAAGGGUACAACGGAAGAGUGAUAGCAUUCUGGCUGGCAGAUUGUUUGCAACGAGCUGUCAACCGAACGGUUGUGGAGGGUCGACAAUUCGGGCAGUGGUUGCAGCAAAACGGAAACUGGCCUCGAGAUGACGAUUUGCUGGCACCGACCGCUGUGGCCAUGCGCCUUUUCUAA